GGCACAAAAAAACACUAUUUAAGAGCCAGACUUUCUCCUGUUCAACAUCAGACGCAGAGAAGGAAGAAGAGAAGAUAAUUCUGCAGCAGGUCAUCAUUUUGGACAUUGCAUGAACUUCACCAUGAAGAUACUAGCUGUGUCUGUACUUCUUGUUGCCAUGAUGGCUCUGGCUCUGGCUACUGAAGCUCCUCCACAAGCAGAGGCAGCUGCGGUGACAGAAGCACCGGUUAAAGAAGAUGAAGCAGCUGAUGACAGUUCAAAUGAAGCAGCUGAUGACAGUUCAAGUGAAGCAGCUGAUGACAGUUCAAAUGAAGCAGCUGAUGACAGUUCAAAUGAAGCAGCUGAUGACAGUUCAAGUGAAGCAGCUGAUGACAGUUCAAAUGAAGAAGAAGCUGAUGACAGUUCAAACGAAGAGACUGAAUCAGAAGAUGAAGAGGGGGAAGAGGCAGAAUCCACAGAGGGAGAAAAAACACAUGAAGUUGCCAAGAGAUCAUGCCGUUGCCGUUGCCGUGGUGGUGGUUGGCGUCGGUACGGAAAAAUCUAUUACCGCUACUUUUCAUCCAGUAGGACUUGGGCUCGGGCUCAGUACUACUGUAGGGCCAUAGGUGGAAACCUAGCAUCUGUGCACAGCACGUAUGAAAAUAAUGUGAUCCGUGCUGUGGCACGCAACAGAGCAGUAUGGAUCGGAUUCUCUGAUGCACAGCAGAACGGUUACUGGUUCUGGAGUGAUGGUACACGUUUCAACUAUCAGAAGUGGUGUAGCGGACAGCCUGAUAACUCAGGACGCAAACAACACUGUGCAUAUAAGAGAGGGACCUGUUGGGAUGACGUGUCUUGUUCAUCCCGUCUGCCAUUUGUCUGUGUACGGAGACGUUGUUGAUUCCAGGACAGUCACGGAGGCAUGAAGUAGCUGUCAAAAGCACGAACAUUGGAGGAUGUGCGUUUGUGUUUUUGUGCACACUCAUCUGUCUUUGUGUCAUCAGUCUCAAACAUAACCCGAAGGCUUUAUAUCUCAAAUCAAAUCUGUAUUUCUUUGCUAUUGCUGUAACGCUACUUAAGGAAGGAAGCGACAAGUGACAUAAACAGGGGCUGCUUCUUCGGCCUUGUGCUGAGGAGCAGAUUGAACGGUAAUGAAAGGAACGCUUUUUGCAUAACUUUAUCCCGCAGUAAUCUGUCUUUCUUGUAUCAUGCAUGAUUAAUCAAUAAAACGCUUCAGCAUCAAAA